AUGAUUCUGCAAAUACCGAAGCUAAACCUGAAGACGGUAGAAGUAUGUCUCGAGAAGCAUAAACUGACCGCCGGUUCGGUUAAAUACAGCGGAACACGCAGCACCAUUCCGGACAAACCGUUCAAGAACAUCGCGGUACUUAGCAUGAAGUUGGAAAAUAAUUCCACUCACCCGCGAAGCAUGGCCCGACGAUCGUUGACGGCGGAUAUAAACCAAAUGGAACAAAGGGGAGCAAAGCGUAGCAGCAAGACCCAGAUCACAAAACACAUCAUCCUGUUGGAAUUCACCGGCAAAGAGCAAAACGUUAGCUCAGCUAUCUGCACAAAAUGUAGCGCAGCAAAUGAGAACUGCAGCGCUAUCUUCAGCUUCUUAUACUGGAUUCAAUUUCAGCAAGGAGAAACCAAGGCCGAAAAGGAGAAUAAUAGAAGCAAAGUUCCUAUUGAAGAAAACGCAGCAAAAAAGCGGAUGUUAAAACGGGAAUGCCGUGUGUUGCUGGAACGUGUAGACUAUGAGAAUUACAAGCCCAAUCCCGUGUUAAAGAAGCUCCAGGUAGAAAGCAUUCCCUGCACACCAGACGAGCUCGAACUGGCGCGCAAGCUCUCGAUGGUACACUUGAUUCGAGAGUUUAAGGGCGAUGAUGCCGAUCAGUUCCUUGCAUUCUGCACCGCUCGCAUGAAAGCACGAGUGUGCGAUAACGUUGCAUUACUGACGAUCGGUCAAGCCGACACGGAUAUUUGGCACGAAUUGCGCAUCGGUCGCAUUACGGCGUCACGCAUCCGUGAAGCAGCCCACUGCACCAUGAUGAACGGAUCCCUGAUGCAAAGUAUUAUGGGUGUUUCGUCCGGAUUUUCGUUCGCUAUGAAACGCGGCACCGAUCUCGAGGGACACGUGCUGGUCGAACUACGCAAAGAAUAUCCCGGAUUGCGGAAUGCCGGACUGAUGCUGGAUCCAAACUGUCCGUGGAUGGGAGCAUCACCCGACGGUAUAUGCGACGAGUUUGUGCUCGAGAUUAAGUGUCCGUACACGGCGAAGACGCACGCUUGCUACGUUGAUGUGAACAAACUUGCGCCAAAGUAUUACGCCCAAAUACAGUUACAGAUGCACGUAACGCAGCGGAAGAAGGCACUGCUGGCCGUGGCGGCACCCGAUUUCGAAAAGACGAAACAAAUCACGAAAGUGUGGAUCAAUUACAAUAAGAUGUACGUCGACGAGGUAAUCGAGUCGGCAUUCGAUUACUGGUGUAAAGCCGUAUUCAAGGCGUUGCUGCGUAAGCGCACCAACAAAAAGUGA